AUGAAUUCCAACCCCACCAAAGCAACUGUCCAUAAUGAAGGCUGCGACCUGCAUUAUUGGUACCAGGGGAGGGGCCCUCUUAUGAUCUUUGUUCCUGGCGGAAAUGGACACGGGAGACAAUUCAACAACAUUAUGGCAGCUUUGUCAGACCGGUUUACAUGUGUUACUUUUGACCGGCGUCAGAUGUCAGCCAGUCAAGUCCCUGUCAACAAACGACUGAGUCCUCCACAACAAGCACGAGAUAUCCGAGCCGUCAUCAAAGCUGUUGGUUUCGACAAGGCUAUUAUCUUUGGGAGUAGUAGUGGUGGCAUUUUUGGAUUCCAGUUUGCCCAUGACUUUCCUGAAAUGGUCGUUCACUUCAUCUCGCAUGAAGCAGGAACUUCAAUCAUACUUCCUGAUGCUACACAGAUUACUGAGUGGAUGUACCACCUUGUAGAGCUCUGCGAGACGCAAGGCUUCGAGCAAGCUGCGGAGGAAUUUGAGACUUGUUUGAUUGGGUAUGACGCCGAAGGAAUUCCCAAGCCUCUGUCACCUGAGCCGGGAAAUGCAAAGAACUUCUGGGAGAACGAAUUUCCGCCACUGGUUGGUUACUGCCCCAACUUACUCCGUAUCAAGGAGAACAAUGUUAGCGUGGGCGUUAUGAGGAGCGUGCGGUGCAAAGAUGCAUUUUACUGCAGAACUGUUGAUGAACAGGCGAAGAUCUUGGACUGUCCUCGGAUGGUAGUGCCAGGUCACCAUGAAGGCUUCCAGUGCGAAACAGAAGCGUUUAUCCCUGCUCUUUUGGAGAUGUUGGAGAAGCUUGAGUCGGCACAAGUAGUUAAAUAG